UGUUGGAAAAAGUCGUUUGAUGGAUAUAACGCGCAUUUUUAAGAUACUGCCACGAGAAAGCAAGAAUAUCCCGCUAGAAAAUCAGAGCAAAGUCAAUAAUCGUUUUCCGGUUAUUGAUUAUGGUUUUAUAAUGGUUUGCGCUCUGUAAGGACAUAUUUGUGGAUCUAAACAGGAUAAAAAAGACAGUUUAUUUAAAGUGAUUUCAUCAUGGGCAUGGUCUAUUCUCUUCUUUUUCUUUUUCAGUUGAUGCUUCCUGGAGUUAAGGCUACAUUCUCUUGGACCCUGACUCCUCAAACCCCUGCGGAACUCGUCCUUCGUAGUAACGCUUCUCUUGCCUGGAAGUACGACCUUGGCAACGAAACGCUCCGACUUGUCACAUUUUCGCGGUAUGACAACUCUAGAGGACUUCGCACCAUCGCGCACGUGACGCCUGCAGGGGAGGUCCGGGUCUAUGCGGAAUUUAAGGGGCUAGUGUCCGUCGUCGACCAAUCAGAACUCGUAAUCCACUCCGUACGACCAGAGGACGAGAGCAUGUUUUGUUGCGAAGUGCAUUUUACGGCGACAAGUGCGAAUAAUUGUGUUCUCACUACUGUUUUAGUUCCACCAACUAUCACUUUCGCUCCCACAAAUACAACGGUAACGGAGGGGAGCCCAGCGGUGUUACCCUGCAAUGCCACAGGGAUCCCGAAUCCCGUCAUUGAUUGGGUGGGGCCACGUGGUCAGAAUCUUUCUCCGGGAAGCACCUUUCCAUUUCCCAACAUAACAAGAAAUGAUGCGGGGCUAUACAACUGCCGGGCUAGAAACAAAGUCGGUGUCGUCAUUUCGCAAGCCUACAUUGACGUCCUUUAUUUUUCCCCAGGUACGAUAACACCCACCGGCAAUAUAACAGCCAAUCAAACAGACGUAGUCAAGCUAGCGUGUCACGUGAAUGCUAACCCAACUCCCGCCAUUGCCUGGAUAAAAGAUGGUGACGUCACUAAUGUGUUGGCCAAUCAGAGCAGACUUGAUGUCGUAGUCGAAGGGAAGCAAACAGAAGGAAAAUACGAGUGUUAUUCAUUGAACCUCAUUGGUCAAGGAGUUGCCGAGACAAAUUUGAUAGUCAAAAACUUUCAGCCAUACAGUACGAGUAUAGAGACGUGUCCCAUACACCACGUGAUCGAGGAAAGAGACCAAUUUGUCAUGCAGUGCUCUGCGCAUGCGCACCCUUCUCCAUUGUUUUCCAUUUAUCACAACGGAAAGCUUAUCAAGAAGAACCGUUCAGGGUACCACAGGGUGUGCAGGGUACGACGGGAAGACGCGGGCAAUUACACGUGUGUCGCCGAGAAUGAGUUCGGCAAGAAUACCGCGAGCGUGUACCUUGACGUCAAAUAUCCACCAGUAGCGCACGUUCGCCCUGCAACACUCAGCGUGCAAGAAGGCGCUAGUGUUGUAUCCCUCUCGUGUGACGCCACAGGGAACCCAUCGCCAAGGGUACAAUGGAGGAAGAGUGGAAGUGAUGCUGUGAUAUCGUCACAGAAGGUGCUGGUGCUGCAGAAUUUGACCAGACUAGACGCAGGGGUUUACCAAUGUACGGCAAGCAAUGGUGUCAAGAUACCUGUGACGAACACAAGCUCAGUAACAGUGAUUUACCCACCAAGUAUUAUAGUUCCGCCCUCAAACAAAACAACCAAUGAGAGCUCAUUCACGUCCUUAUACUGCGAGGCGGCAGGCGAUCCUGGCCCACAAGUCACCUGGUACAGGGUACGUAACCAUAGCAUUUGGGAAUGGUACAUAACUGGAGAAAGACUGGUGCUGAAAAACGUUAGCAGGAAUGAUGCAGGAACAUAUAUUUGCGUCGCGAAUAGCACUCUGGGUAAUGCUACUGCUACAUCUACUCUGCAAGUUCAGUAUAAACCAUCCAACACAGUGCUGCUGAGAAGCGGUGACGUUAUUUUGACCCGCUCAGCCUCGCUCAGGUGCUCAACCGAGGCUUACCCGCCUGUCACGUGGUAUAAAAUAUAUUUCCAUGGACAACUUCAGGAAGUCAAUGAUAAUGGAGUGUAUUACAUCCGGAAAGUUACCAAAGCACAUGAAGGGGUUUACCAUUGCGAAGUGAGCAAUCUGAUUGGUAGUGACACAAGUGAUUUGCUGUUUGUCGAUGUAAAAGCACGACCUCAGAUAACUCACAAGCCGCAACACCAGCGUCUGCGAGAGGGCGAGGUCCUCGCCCUUGUCUGCAAUUCCACAGGCUACCCACAACCCAACAUCACGUGGCUAAACCUGAACAGGUCAAAGGAAGUCUUAUCAUAUGGAAGUCCCCUCGUUGUACAGGAAGUAACGCGAACGGAUGCUGGUGUGUAUGUAUGUGUGGCCGAAAAUGGCGUCGGAGAAGAUGAGAAAGCAUUCGCUACUGUCAAGGUCACGUACAAGCCUGCAAUCGUCAGCAGAACUACGGUUUUCCUGUCGAAAGUUGGGAAAGCCGCCAAAUUGACCUGUCAAGCGGAUGGAUAUCCCCUCCCACAGAUCACGUGGAACCCUAGUCCGCCAAUGGGAAACACUUCCUAUGACGUCAUCGGAAGGACAACUGUAAGAGCGACAUUGAUUUUUGUUCCAAGAAACGCCACAGACUUUGGGAAAUACAAGUGCAGUGCGCGGAAUGAAAACGGAAAUAGCACGGCUAUAAUGCAGCUAAGAGACAAAGAAAGAUAUAAUCAACAACAAAGGCAGCCCAAUAGAUUCCCUCCAUUUAUUAUCCUAGCGAUGGUUACCAUGGGAAUAAUCGUUGGUGCAUUUGCCAUGGCAACGGUCGUCAUGUGGAGAAAAUCCCGAACAGGAAAAUGCACUAUUACUUCUACGAAGUAAGAAAAUGAUACAAGUCAUUAAUAAAGAAGUUUUUUGUAUGGUUUUGUGUGUAUUUAAAUAAAGAGGGGGAUCUAUGCAA